GCAUUCACAAUAAUACAAACAGAUGAGGUGUGUUUUUCAAACAAAUCAAAGAUGGUGGCAUAAAGAAGUUAAAUACAACAUAAUAUGGAACGGUCAAAAGAAGAAGCGAUAAAAGAGCUAAAUGAGGAAAGAUUGUAACUAACGUAUAAAAGAAGGGAACAAAAACACAAAAUAUAAAAUGUGAUAAAGCGGAUUGGCCUGACACAAAGAAGCUACAAAAGCAGCAAGAAUUGGAAACGUCAGAAAAAAUCGUUCCUCAACUUAAUGAAGAGACUGAAUAUAAAAACACUUCAAGUUGAAUUUUUCGAGAAAAAAGCAGUGAAAAUUCUAAAAGAAAAUUCAAUUAUUUACGUCAACUACUUUGGCUUGAUUAAUACGUUUUUAUUUGAGUAUAGUUGAUUAAAAUAAGUGAACGAUUUGAAGUGAUAACUAACUUCAUAUCGUUUAUCAACUGUAUCUACGGAACAUGGGCAGGAGUGUUGCACUUCCAACUGAGUCGCAAUAUGUAACGCCACUUCAAGCACGUACCAUUAGAAAACGAAAGAAAAUUUCUGGUGCCGCACCUGCUGCAAAAAAGAGUUUACGUUUUAAAACAACAAAUCAUGAUGGUUGGCACGAGAAUGAUGAUGAAGACUCUUCGUCUAAUGAUACCACAACCUUGCCUCAACGUAACCAGUCCAGCAAACAAGCUAACAUUUCAUCUAUCCUAAUACACACACCAUUAUCAAAUACUGGUGACAAUGCAUUAUCCAUUGAGUCUCCUAAGCCAGUUUACACCUUGCGUCCAUCUGUAGUUAAUGGAACCAUACUUUUUGACUUAAAUCGCAAGCAAUGGCGUUUGGGCCGACCAAUAGGUAAAGGAAAUUUUGGUGAAAUAUUUCUAGCAUCAAAUGUAGUGAAUUGUCCAGUAACAAAUGAUAAUGCUAAAUAUGUGGUAAAAGUGGAACCGCAUUCUAAUGGGCCUCUAUUUGUGGAAAUACAUUGCCUGUUAAACACUGCCAAAAAGGAUUCUGAAAAUUUUGAGGACAAAAAAUCUAUUAUACCAGAUAAGCCACCAUCCGGCAUACCUGACUAUAUAGCGUCGGGAUCACAUUAUUUUAAUAAUGCACGCUAUAGAUUUUUGGUUUUGCAACGUUUUGAUCGUGAUUUGCAUUCACUCAUAAAGAACUGUCGAAUUAACGAAAAAUCAUUAUUAACACUAGCCAUUCAAAUACUACGCAUUCUCGAAAAUCUGCAUGAUAAAGGUUAUUGUCAUAAUGAUAUUAAGGCCCAAAACCUAAUGAUAUCUAAAUGUAAAUAUGUUAAACGUCGCUGUGUAAAUACAAAUACAAAUACAACUAACACCAAAAUUAAAUCAAAAUAUGAUUACCAUUAUGAGGACAAAUUACCAUCAACAGACAGUGGCAACAGUACAGAACAGGAAACGGAUGAAAAUAUAGAAUAUAAUACCAAAAGUAAAACGUACAAUAAUCGAGAUGACAGUGAAUAUUUUGCCGAUGAGACAAGUAACAGUAUGAAUAGUAGUAGUAUGGAUAAUUUUCAGACACCAGUCAAUAGGAAUCGCAAACGUCGUGGUCGUAAUAAUGUUGUUGAAUUUAGCGGCUCAAAUCCGGUGCGUUCAUGUCGGCGUCAAAAUCAGAAUACCAUAUACGAUGAAAUGGUUACGUCACAUUACCUGCGCCCAACAAAACGUGUUAGUUAUUCGGAAUUUUUCAACGAAGAUGGGUUAUCAGUAAUGGGAGAUAAAGAUCAUCUCCAUGCUGUUACUUCAGAUGAUGAAUCCGAAGAGUUUGUCCCACAUACUUUACGUCGUACACCUAAGAAAUCACUAACAACUACCUCUCCAAUUAAGCGCCUUACCCGUCGACAAGAAAAACUUAUGGCUGUUAAAUCAAAAACAAACCAGGAGUCUUAUGAUAGUCGUAAAAAUAAUAAUAUAUCCGAAACAGUAUUUAAUGAUGUUGUCGAAGAAGAAUUUGUCUUCCUAAUUGAUUAUGGACUUGCUUCAAAGUUUAUGGACAAUGGCAUGCAUCGUCCGUUUAUUAUGGAUCAACGUCGCGCUCAUGAUGGCACACUUGAGUUUACAUCACGUGAUGCUCAUAUGGGUGCACAUUCCCGUCGCAGCGAUCUUGAGUGCCUUGGAUUUAACUUAAUAUAUUGGUCACAAGGUUAUUUGCCAUGGAAGGAGGCUGCUUCACAGCAGCAGCAAGAGACAGUACACCGUGCUAAAGAAUACUUGAUGACAAAUGUACGUGAAAUGCUUAAACAAAUAUAUGGCAAACAAGUUCCUAAGUAUUUGGGAGAAUUUUUGCAUCAUAUCAAUCAGCUAGCAUAUCACGAACGCCCAGAUUAUGCACGAUACCGACGUAUUUUUCAGCAUGAAUAUGAACUACUUGGUUAUUCAGUUGCUGAUAUGCGUUUAAAUAGCAGUGAAAUUGUACAAAGUGCUGUGCGGGUCAAGGAUGAAAUUGAAAACAAACACGAUAUUGUUGAUCUUAGCAAAUAUAAUGCACUUAAUAUCAUGCGCAGGCUACCAGAUGGUACACCAUUAGCUGAACGAACGCCUGGUAAUAGAGUAUCACCAAAAAAUCUUCGCUCUAAAUCUGAUAAAAAAUCAAUAAAAAAGAAAAAGUUUUCUUGGGCAGAAGUAUUAUCUCAAGAUCCAGACCAAAUUGCACGUGAACGAGCUGAAAAAGAGUUUGAUCGUGAAGAUGAAAUGAGUGAAGGGCAACAACCAAUAAUGCGUAAAUAUAAAGGUAACCCAACCUAUGCUAUUUUAGAAAUAGAAGAACGUAUUAAAGCAAGGUGUCGCACCGUUGAAAGUGAUAUAGAAGAAGAAGAAAGUGACAUGGAUCAGGAACAAGAUGUGGAUGAGGAAGUUAAUGAAGAUGAAGACCUAGAUGACGAUGAACAACAAAAUGAUUACGAAACAGGAAGCAAUGAGGAAAGUUGUUCUGAGGAAGAAAAUGGCGAGGAAGUAGUCGAAACCGGAACAGAUGAAGAAUCCGAUACGACAGAAGUUUCCGAAUGCAGCACGAUACCAACACAACGUACUCGCCGAUAUAAACAAGCAAGAGCAAAUAAAAUAGAUACGGCGAUCGUACAAAAAACAACAGAGAGGCAAACAAAUUCUAGAUUAAUAACAAGAACACGCAGAAAUAAAGAGCAGAUAAUGAAAUUAUCAACAGUAACAGUAACUGAAUCAAAUAAAAAUCGUGGCACUGUCAUACGGACAACACGUAAGUUAACAAUUACGAACGGCGUUCAAGCUGCUUCAGCCGCCGGAGAAAUAGAACACCAUCUACUUAAGUCUUUAGAUAAUAGUCGAGAUCGUGGAUGUGAGAUGAAAAGUAAGAAUGUUGUUAGCGACCGCCGCACUCGCCGUUGUAUUAACAAGACUGAAGACGUAGAAGGAGAAAUGACCACAAAUUUUAAAAAUAUAUAUAAAAUGUGGGGGAACAAUUACAACAGCGAAAAUAUAUAUUUCAAAACAUAUGGCACAGCAGCGCGCAGAACAAAAAAACCAAUUCUCUGUACUGCAUAACAUUAGCAAGAAAAAGAAAAUGCAACUUCAAUUUAUGCAAAAACAUUGUAAAAAUUGCUUACCAUGUAAAAAAAACUAAAGUUAUUUAGCUUUUAAGUUUUAUUAUUAUUAUUAAUUAAAAUAAGUAGUAUGUAUCGAAAAAGUAUUCACAAUUAACCAAUUUUUAGUACAUUAAUGCUUAAUAAUUGAUUGUGAAAACAAUGGAACUUUACCGCAGAAACUUUAAUUAGGAAUAAAUAAUAAAUCAAACGGAUACCGAUAUUCAUAGGAAAUACAAAUUCGGAAUAUUUAAAAUCGCGUAUACGUAAUAAAAAUAUUUAACUAGCGACCUCCUAGUAAAUAAAUUAGAGUAUUGUUUACUAAUAUUUAGUUAUAUUGUUUACUUGGUUAUUAUUUGAACUUAGUUGGGCUAAUUUUAAUGUUCAAAACUACUAUCUUUCAAAAUACUUUUAGCACUUAGUCAAGUUUUUUUUUUGUUUAUGUUAAUAGGCAACUUUAUGUCUACUUUGUGUUUAGUUUUUGUUUUAUUGUGAUUAUAUGUUCUUAUAUAAAUCUAUAGUCGUUAUGAAAUUACUAAUGAUCGCCGUCAUAGAAAUAGUAAUAUUUAUUUAAAAAUAUGAAGUAGAAAAGAUUCCUCAAAAUCAUUAUGUUUAUAUAUAAGCUUUUAUAUUGAAUU